CGACAAAUCAGUACGCCGCGCCAUCUUUCGCAACACAUCUCCAUCCGUCGCCCGUGUGACCCAGCGAGAUGCAGACCAAUUAUUUCGCCUGCACCUUGGGUCAAGCUUCUGCCCUCUCAUGCAAACCCAAGGCAUAUCGAACCGUCCCUGAAUUCGUCGAUUUGCAAGCACAACUACACGCUUUCCUUCCUGCGGUUGGCUUUUCUAUCCCACAGCGAGAUGGAGUCGCGUGGACGUAUAACGUCCUCACCUUUGGCGAUGUCCAACAGGGAACCGAAGUCUUUGCAUCACGACUCAAAAGCGGGUUGAGCAGCUCCGAAAAUACUGUUGCUCUCUUAUGCCACAGCUCUCCUGAAUUCCUGUUUACAUGGCUGGGGUUGAUGAAGCUUGGCCGGUCCGUCCUGUUGAUCGCGCCUCAGUGUCAACCAGCAGCCAUAUUGCACCUCUGCAAGUCGUGCGAGGUUUCCACACUACUGUAUGAUAGCGGGCACACAGAAAGAGCGAGACAAACUGAAACCCUGGCAAAGGGCGAGAAAGUAGCCGGGUUCAAGUCACAACUACUUCCCUUGCAGGAGGAUGAGGAUGUGUUCGACGUAAUCAAGGAGGAUGCCGACCUGAGCAUCGACAUGAUUGUGGUUGAUGACACAGCCACUGCGUACUUACAUCACACUUCUGGAACUUCCUCUGGUCUUCCUAAGCCUAUACCACAAUCGCAUCGAGGAGCAAUAGGAGUCUUACCACAUUUGCCGAAAAUACCGGGUAUUGCAUCUUUCACAACUACGCCAUUAUAUCACGGAGGAAUCGCAGACCUAUUCCGGUGCUGGACCAGUAACUCCAUGAUUUGGCUAUUUCCGGCCAAAGAUGUUCCGAUCACAGCACGGAAUAUUUGCCAAUGUCUCGAUGUCGCCAAGUCGUACUCGUCAGAAGAGAUGAUCCCGAAAGUAAAAUAUUUUUCAUCCGUGCCCUACGUACUUCAGAUGAUGGAGUCAGACAAGCAGGGGUUGGGCUGGCUGCAGUGCAUGGACAUUGUUGGCGUCGGCGGUGCCGCUCUGCCCGCAGAGGUUGGCGAUCGAAUGGUCAAAGCUGGCGUCAAUCUCAUCUCGAGAUUCGGCAGUGCUGAGUGUGGCUUUUUGUUGUCAUCUUUCCGCGACUUCCAGUUGGACCAGGAUUGGCAGUACCUGCGAAACUACAAUCCUCCUAGUCUGGUCGAUUUCGAGCCACGGGAUGGUGAUCUUGCGGAACUGAUCGUGAAACCUGGUUGGCCCCAUAUGACUGAGGCUGUUGCUGAUGGAUCUCAGGCUAAGAAGAAUCGUGAAGAUGGAUCAUUUGCAACUGCUGACCUCUUUGCACGUCAUCCUAGCAUACCGGAUGCCUGGUUAUAUCAUUCGCGCGCCGAUUCGCAGUUAACCCUCAUCACUGGCAAGAAGUUCGAUCCGGCGCCUCUCGAAGCAGCAAUAGCAACCUCGCCACAUCUGGAUGAUGUAGUGAUAUUCGGGGAUGGUCGACCAUUUCCUGGUGCACUCCUGCUACGCUCAGAGCAGUCGAGUCAACUAUCUCACCAAGAGCUUCUCGAAGCAAUCAAACCAACGGUAGAAAAGCUGAAUCGCGAAAGUCAAGAUCAUGCUCGUAUACCAUUUCAUAUGCUGGUACCCCUGCCUCAUCAAAGCCAACCAUUGGAGAAGAGCAGCAAAGGAACGCUUAUCAGAAGGGCAGCCAAUGCUCGAUUUGAGAAGGUUGUCAAUGCGGCCUACGACUCCCAAGAAGUGGAUGGAACUACAGAGGUAGCAGAUGAAGAUGUACCGAAGCACCUCAUUGGCCUCAUCCAGGAUAUGACUUCCCAGUCCGAUGAGCUCUCAGACGACAUGGACUUGUUUUCUUACGGUGUUGACUCUAUCGCCUGUAUGCAGCUGCGGACUCGUCUGAGAGGACUUAUACCCAACUGUCCCAAAGAGCUACCGAUGAGUGUUAUCGAGGACUGCGGAACGAUUCGACGGCUCACUGAUUACGUGCUACGGAAGCGACACGGCGAGUCAGACGCGAGCGAGGAGGAUGAGGAGAAACUAAUGAUGGACCUCGUGAAGCAACAUGGCUCGUUCGGCAAGCACGCUGCUUCAAGUCAGACAAAUGGCCAAAUGAAUAAGACUGGAGAAGUUGUUGUACUCACCGGAGCCACUGGUGCGUUAGGCGCCCACAUUCUAGACCUGCUCCAAAAGAAACCCGACAUCGAAACAAUCUACUGCCUGGUCCGUGGCGCAGACCAGCACGCCGCACAAGAACGCGUCAGCAAAUCUCUCCAACAACGGGGUCUAUCUAAUAUCAACCUCCAAAAAGUUAAAAUCUUCCCAUCCCAACUCAGCGACCCUCAUCUCGGCCUCAGCAGUGACCUCUACACCCAGCUCGCCACCUCCACAACCUCCAUCAUUCACAUCGCAUGGACCGUAAACUUCCGCCUCAAACUACGCAGCUUCGUCAAAGACAACAUCGCCAGCGUGCGCAACCUUCUCGACUUAUGUCUCGCCGUCCCACGCUCUGACCCGCCGAGAUUCACUUAUUGUUCCUCCACCGCAUCUAUCAUCAACAGCGCGCCUGAUGCCUCAGGCCAACUGCCAGAGUUGAUCCAGCCGAACCCGUCAUCCGCCUCACCACUAGGCUACUCCCGCUCCAAAUGGGUCGCAGAACACAUUUGCCUGUCCGCGCACGAGCAGACGCGUCUGCACGGCCGGAUUUCCGUCGUCAGGGUCGGACAACUUGCCGGCGCGUCGGACACGGGGAUAUGGAAUACGAAAGAGGCAUGGCCGAUGAUGUUGAGUACUGCGAGGCUGAUCAAGUGUCUCCCGGACCUUGGUGACGAGCCGCUAGAUUGGCUGCCUGUCGAUGUUGCUGCGCGGGCGUUUUUGGAAAUCACUAGCCCGGCACAGGGCUCUGGGGAUAUGCCGGUUUAUCAUGUUUUGAAUCCGCAUGUGGAACCGACGUGGAGACAGUUGCUGCAGUGGCUUAAGAAGGAAGAAGACUUCGACAUCGUGACGCCUGGAGAGUGGGUGAAGAGGCUGGAGCAAGCUGAGGGGAUUGAGCAUUCUGCGAUGAAGUUGCUGGGGCUGUGGAAAGAGGCGUAUGGGGGUGAGUGGGUGGAGGAGAGGGGGAAGGAGAGGCCGGUGUUUGGGAUGCAGGAGACGAAGAAGGGGGUUGAGGUGUUGAGAGAUGUGAGGCCGUUGGAUGAGGGGUAUGUGGAGAGGAUGUGGGAGUGGAUCAUUGAGAAUGUGAAGUAG